AUGAUCAAUCUUCGCGACCUUCCCUUGAGCUUGCUUCUGGACAUUGGCGAAUGGAUCCCAGAUCGCGAGAGUCUCAGCGCCUGGAUUCGCACAUCACGAUACUUCUACACGGCACUCAACCGCCAUUUGUAUAAACUCCACAUCAAACAUGACAAGCCGAGUCACUCAUGCCUCUUCUGGGCUGCACAAGUUGGCCGCCUCGACACCUUCACAUUGGCGCAUCGCCUUGGGGCCGAUUUAGACGUAACCAGACCAACGAGAUCCAGCAAAGUGCCUCCAUCGCCGUUACACGCGGCCAUACAAAACCUCCACCCCGAUAUAGUUAGAUAUAUCGUCCACAAUGGAGGUGCCGUUCACUCGCCCGCCUGGGUCCAAUCCAUGGGACGUCCAUAUCCGCUGGGCAAGGCGUUGCAUGUUCGCAAUCUGAAGCAAGGCGCCAGCGGCGUCAGGAAGAGACAGGAGAUAUUGGAAAUCCUCAUUCGGGGCGGGGCUACCUUGGUGGAUGAGCAGGAGCCUGCACUCCCUGGUGCGGCUGCCAUGAACAAGAAGGAUAUCGUCAGCCUGCUUCUGCAACAACCGUUGGUAGGCGUCAACGACUACACCCGGCGUGGCUACACGGCGUUGCACAUGGUGUCGCAAAAUGGUCACGCAGAGCUGGCUCGCUAUCUCCUCGACCAACCUGGAAUCGAUAUAUAUGCGGAGCCACCCUUUGGCAGCGAUACUGCUCUAGACAUGGCCGUGCGAGGUGGCCAUUUGGACAUUGUCCGUCAGCUGUUGAUGUGGCAUGGCCUGCACCCUGACGCAGCAUUUGAGCUGACGAAGAAGGCAUUCGCGGAAGCACUUGUGGGCGGUCAGACCCGUAUAUGCGAGUAUCUUAUUACGCUUCCUGACAUUACUGGAGCUAUGGUGUUACGAGACGCGAGCACAGCAUUGCAUUUGGCAGCAUCCCACCAGGACGCUAAUAUUGCCCAGAUCCUACUCGAGCGGUCAACUGUCGACCUUGGCGCACUGGAUGCCAACGGCAGGACGGUUCUGCACACCCUAGCCGCGGUGGUAGACUUACGGGGGCAACGCAAACGUGCCGAGGUGGCCAAGAUGCUGGUUGAACGUGGAAUCGAUAUAGAUCGAAGGGACAUGGACGGACACACCGCCGUGUGCCAUGCCGUUGUCCGGGGUGCAUAUCUCGUUGCUACACAGCUGCUGGAGAGUGGCGCAAAUCCCACGUUGGGCACUGUGUCUCCUUCGGGCGACUACACAUGGACCUUAAUUCACGAAUGUUUCUCACCAAAUAGGAGAGAGUCACCGUGGCAUGAAGCAAGAAUGGAACUAGUCGAGAUGAUCAUCCAAUGUGACCCUGAGUCUGUCCACAAGGAAUCAGUGGUCAAGGAUGCACGGCUACGGAGAAUAAAGAAUGCACCUUUCGAUGGCACACCGUUGCUUUUCGCAGUCUUGUACGACGGCAACCUCGACAUGAUACAAAUCCUCAUCGAUAAUGGUGCGAAGGUUGACUCCGUCGCCACAAGCCGACGGAUAAAUGACACCGGCAGUCGCUACUCCAUCAUUCAAGCCCUGUUGAGCUACGAGAUGACAUUAAAGUUCCCGGUUUACAGUGACAAUUGGGCCGGCAGAGGGAAGGAGGUGCCCCCACUGACUGACGAUCUGCGUGAGCGAUUGGUAGUGCUGUUGGGAAACGGGGCAAGAAUUGACCCAGAGCAUGGCCAGCAGUCGGUGCUUGAAUUUGCGUGUGAGCUUCAGAUGGCGGGUAAUUCGCAGCUAUUGGGGCAUUUGUUCGACUUGGCGAAGUUAAAGAAUGUAAAUUUGGAGCAUGUCCAGUAUUUGAUUGGCAAGUAUUCAAGUGAGGGAGCGGAGGAUGCUAUGAGUAGUGAGUUGGCAGCUGAGUUGCAGGAAUGGAUGGAUGUGAGGCUGCUGCCAGAAUUGGAAACGUAG